AUGGGCCUGUACAUCCGAAAGUCGGUAUUUGAUCCAUCUUGUGGCCACAUCCUGGCCUUCCCUGUAUGUAAAUUUCUGCAUUUAGUGAGGCAGAAGGAAGGGCUAUAUGGUGAAGGGAAAGACCUAUCCGCUGCGAGGCAUGCUAGCGCCUUAUCAGUCUUCGGAUCAGGAGACGUUCUAGAGAAGAAAAUUUCUUCUAGAUCGUUUGACACAAGGGAAGAAAAGGGAAAUGCAAAGGGCAGAGAGUUUGAUUACAUGAUCCGGCCGUUCAUUCCCUGCGUUGCUCUUUGUUUGAUUACUCUUCUCAAGCCCGUGGUAGUGGAUAUCCCCCGUGAUCAUCCGUCUUCUCCCUCCUGGAUAGAAAGUGCACUCCGUCUCUGCCUUUCCCAUCCGUUUGACAGUGGCACCGUGGGAGCAAGGGAGGAGGAAAGGGGUCAUAUCUGCCAUGUCGGACAGGCCCUUACCACUACACCGCUUAUUUCACAGCCGUGGGCAAUUGGGCGUCCUUGCACGACAUUCUACAUUCUGUUCGUCUACGGAGUGCUCUUUUCUCGAUACUUCACCCCUUCCUCCGGGGGAGGCGUUUGCAAAACCAGGGCUUCGGGACUUGGAUCAGGUACCAACAGACAGAGACAGGAGAUGGAACUACCGCCGUCGUUCCAAGGAUCUGGCUCAGCUUCCCCCAUCCUUGUCCGUGCGAGCACCGUGGCUACGAUAGUUGAACACAACCUCAUUAUGAUUUCUAUUCUUAUCCGGCGGUGUCUUCAGGAACAAGGGAUCGACGGGAAUUCAGUCUGA